AUGUCGACUUACUUCACACUACCCUCCUUCGCAAGGGCGAAGAAACACCAGGACGAGCUUGAGAAGAGCAAUCCGCAGGAACCUGUGCUCAAAGAGGAGGAUGAGAAGUUCUUGGAGAGACAUUUGUCAAUCGACGAGUCAGCCGGCGCCGCGACAAAUGCAGCGACAUCAGCGCCGAAGCCGAAGAAGGAGAAAGAGAAGACCCUAGACCUCCCAAGCCAAGAAGAGGCCGAGGCUGCGACAAGAUCAUGGAAUGCGCAGAACACCUCAAGUGGAGGUACGGAUACUGGAGAUCACAAGCGGACAUGGGCAUCCUACAUUCCGGCGGCUCUGGUGCCUUCGAAAGGCGACAGCUCCAAGCAGGCGGAAGAGAAGCAGUCCAGUGAAGGCGAGACUGGCCAGAAGCAGACAUGGGCCAUGUAUGCAUCGCAAUAUGUACCAUCGUCAGCUACGACCCUGCCAUCUCUCCCUGCGAUGCCGGCAAUCCCUGCUCUGAGCUCGUGGUAUCGAUCCAAGGACAAGGACGCCACACCGGAGCUGGUCUACAAAGAAGACGGAACUGUUGACGAGGCCGCCACGAAAGAGAAGCAAGAAAAGGAAGUCUCGGUACUUCUUGACAACCUCAACAUGAGCAGCAUCAACAACCGCGUCUUUGCACUCUCUGGUGAAACGCACAAGAUCUACGAGCGCUUCGCUUUGGUGCUCAAGGACACCAUUGAAGGAGGACCGACUGCAUACGAAGACAUGGAGAAGCUUAUGAAGGAUGCUGGACCCACGCUGGAGAAGCAGUUCCAGUCGAUGCCACCCUUCGUACAGACUUUGGUCAAGAGUCUCCCCGCCAAGAUGGGACUUGGCUUAGCUCCUGAGUUUCUCGCAACUCUCUCGGGCGACAAGCCCGAUGACCAUCUCAAAGCCCAAGGAGCGACUGCUUCCGCCAGCACUGUUUCUACAGACGAAAAGGAAAAGAAGAAGAAAAAGAGGAAGAUACCUGGAUUGAAGAAGUUGGUCAGCCAGCAGGGUGCCGUUGCGACGAUGUUGCGCAAUACUGUCUCCUUCAUCACCACGCGAUUCCCAUUCCUGGCUUCGACGACAAAUGUUGUCAUGUCAUUGUCGGUAUUCAUCUUGAUGUUCGUGUUCUGGUACUGCCACAAGCGCGGCAAGGAGGCUCGCCUUGCGAGGACGAACGAAAGCUUGGACGGAGGUGGGAAGGUCGAAGGCGAAGUCGAUGAUGCUGAGGACGACGACGAUGUCGAGGCAGAGUCGACAGAUGAUGAGAUAUCGACGGCGCAGGAGAAAGCCGGCGAAGUUGCAAGCGAAGCUCCUGUCGACAAGGAGACCGAGAAGGAGACCGAGAAGGUGGUUUGA